AUGGAUUUUUUUUACGAAGAACAAGUAGCUAACCUUGAAGACAGUUAUUCAAAUAAUCCUCAUACGAAGGAAGCUGAGCCAGCGGAACAUAACGAGAAUGGCGAACUCCAGAGCCGAGAUGACAAAACAAAUGAGGCCUUCCAGAUGCUAGAAGAAGAAGUAAAUAAGCAAUACGAAAAGACUACGAGUGUAUUUAAAAAGUUGGUUGUCGAAAAAGAUGAUGGCAUUGAAAUCAACUUACCUAUUAGUAAUGAAACAACAGAAGCUGCUCAAAAGUAUUUAAAAAAGCUAGACGAGAAUAUUCACAACGUGGAGAAUUUAGCUCAGUCAUACUGGAGCAAAAUGAAGACCAAGACUUUCUGGUCCGGUUUUGGUAGCGUCAAUAAUACCAUAAACAAUAACUCUGUUGACAUUGGUCAGGAUUUAAAAGAGAAAGAGAUUGCUGUGGGUGGGAAUAGAACAGAAGCUGAGCUAAGGACAUUAACAAAGGAUGAGUCGAUUUACUUAGACAACAAGAUGGAUUUGAAAGAGGAGUCAUUUGAUGUAGAUGAAAAAACCGACGAAAUAUGUCUUAUUUUACAGAAUGAUAAGGAUAUUUCCAAAUUAAUGAACGACAUUGUGCCUCAUCAAAUCAGUUAUAAAGAUUUCUGGCAUAUAUAUUUCUUACAAAGAAACAGGAUUUUAGAUAAAGAAACUAAAAGAAAGGAAAUUUUGUCUAAGAAGGAAAAGGAGGCGGGAGAGGAGGAAGUCAACUGGGAUGAUGAAGAUGAGGAAAUAGAAGGAGAGGCCGGCGCCAGACGUGAAAAUGAAACCAAAGUUGAAGAGCCAAAAAGGGAAAUAGAACAAGUUAACAACAAUGAAACCUAUGGCGACGAGAACGAUGACGAUGAUGAUGACUGGGAAUGA